UUCAGCAAUGGGAAAGGCAUUGGAAGAAGAUGCAUUGAAUGUUCCCAAGGGCACGAUUAUUAAUCAAAACACCGAAGCAGUUCCUUUUUAUCUUGUUGGAGAUGAAAUUGUUCCUCUUAAAACUUGGUUAAUGAGACCCGACCCUGGAUCUGUUCUUACCAGUGAAGAAAAGAGAAUCUUUAAUUAUCGGCUUUCCAGAGCAAGAAGGGUAAUUGAGAACGCAUUUGGCAUCCUUAGCACCAGAUGGAGAAUCUUUCACAAGCCCAUCAAAGCUACCGUUAAAAAUGUGGAAGAUUACACUCUCGCUUGCCUCAGUCUUCAUAACUAUUUGAGACAAACCGACAACGCUAUGUAUACUCCGCAGGGUUUCCUUGACUCUGAAAGCAAAGAUGGUCAGAUUAAGAAGGGAGAGUGGAGGUCGAUGAGAAAAAUUUUUACAACGAUGUUUCAAAACCUAAAUCCGAUUCGCGGGUCUAGAUAUAGUAAAGAUGCCCUUCAAAUGAGGAAUACUAUUACAGAUUAUGUUAAUAGUGCUGUUGGUGCAGUCUCGUGGCAAUACGAUUAUAUAAGGAGAACAAGUCACCACUCUUUCGGUUCUUAGUUUUUAUAUAUUAUGAAAAACGGUUAUAUAUUACAUGUACACUGUUUCAUUUGAUGCCUAGUGUAAUAUUUACAAGAAAAAAUAUCUUAAUUAUGCACCAUUCGCGUGUAAAAUCCAUUCCCCGGUGUACUCAUUGCAUCAUUUUAGUUUGAUGCAGUCGGUGUAACAAUACUAUUGUGAACUGGACUAAAAUGUGCCAUUUGGUAUUUAAAUAAAACUCCUUGAAUUUCGUGUUUCACCAAAAUAUAUUCCCGCUCUGAAAGCUUUCGCAAAUCAGCCGCCAGUGACUUCACAUAAAAAUCGAUUGCAUCCAUCUCUUUUUCGGUGGAAUCAGCCUUAAUUGAUUUACCCAAAUCACGAAUUAAAUUGAGUUCCAUGUCAUCGAGGUAUUCGUUUUUGUUUAUUCUUCUUCGUUUUGCAGCGUCCUUGUCAUCUUUCGCUUGUCCGUUUGCAGGUCGACCUCUUUUUUUUAGAGUGCGCUGUUGUUGCUGUGGCACAGGUGAGGUUAAGGAACUUGUCCUAUUGAAGGUUUCAGAUGCCCGAGAUCAACGGGCCUUUUCAGCUUUUUCACUCUCUUUGGUGGAUGUGCCAGAUUUUUUUGACUUUUUAAAAUCAUUCUUCUUUUUAUUAUAUCUUUUUCGAAGCUUCUCAAAGGAGGAAUACUAUUACAGAUUAUGUUAAAAGUGCUGUUGGUGCAGUCUCGUGGCAAUACGAUUAUAUAAGGAGAACAAGUCACCACUCUUUCGGUUCUUAGUUUUUAUGAAAAACGGUUAUAUAUUACAUGUACACU